AACGCGGCCUUAAAAAAGAGCGCUAAACUCCAUUAACGACAGUGAAAAGACCUUCACUUCCUUUCACACUUUCCUCUUCCAGAAAUGCUCUAAUUCGAGAUCCCUUCUUGCUCCGUUCACCAAAUCUCCAUUUCCGCCGAAGAAAUGUCGCUCUCAUUUCUGCUCCUCCCGCUCCUCCUCUUCUCGCUGCUACUCGGCGGCGUCGCCUCCCACGGCGCCGCCUCCGGCUCCUUCACCACCGGCACCACGCUGUCCGACUGGAGCGCCGCUCGGGCGACGUACUACGCCGCAUCCGACCCGCGGGACACCGUCGGCGGGGCCUGCGGCUACGGCGACCUGGUCCGGGCAGGGUACGGGAUGGCGACGGUCGGGCUCAGCGAGUCGCUGUUCGAGCGCGGCCAGAUCUGCGGCGCGUGCUUCGAGCUCCGAUGCGUCGACGACCUCCGCUGGUGCAUACCUGGGACUUCGAUUAUCGUCGCGGUGACGAACUUCUGCCCUCCUAAUUACGGGUUCCCUUCCGACGGCGGGGGGCACUGUAACCCUCCCAACAAGCACUUCGUUCUCCCCAUUGAAGCUUUCGAGAAGAUUGCAAUCUGGAAGGCCGGCAACAUGCCUGUUCAGUACCGGAGAAUCAAAUGCCGGAAAGAAGGUGGGAUAAGAUUCCAGGUCUCGGGAUCGAGCAUCUUCAUCUCGGUGCUGAUCACCAAUGUGGCUGGAGCUGGGGACGUCACUGCGGUGAAGAUAAAGGGUUCGAGGACCGGGUGGCUUCCGAUGGGCAGGAAUUGGGGACAGAAUUGGCAUGUGAAUGCUGACUUGAGAAACCAGCCAUUGUCGUUUGAGGUCACUAGUAGUGAUGGCCAGACGAUUGCCUCCUACUAUGUUGCCCCUAAAGACUGGAACUUUGGGCAGACUUUUGAAGGGGCUACUCUCUCUCUCUAUUCACAGUCUAUUGCAAUGGCCUCGACUGCUUUCGUCGGAACCCAACAAAAAUGCAAGGCUUGCGACAAGACGGUGUACCUCGUCGACAAAUUGGUUGCCGAUACUCGCGUCUACCACAAGUCUUGCUUCCGUUGCCACCAUUGCAACAACACCCUGAAGCUGAGCAACUUCUGUUCAUUCGAGGGAGUCCUCUACUGCAGGCCUCACUUUGACCAGCUCUUCAAGAGAACUGGCAGCCUCGACAAGAGCUUUGAAGGAACUCCUAAAGUCACCAAGCCUGAAAAAACCAUUGACAGUGAGAGCGCGAGCAAGAUGUCAAACAUGUUCGCAGGAACAAAAGAGAAGUGCAAGCAGUGCGCGAAAACCGUGUACCCAAUUGAGAGGGUGACAGUGAAUGGAACAUGGUACCAUAAGAAGUGCUUCAGGUGCUCACAUGGAGGCUGCACAAUCAGCCCAUCAAACUACAUUGCACAUGAAGGGGUGUUGUACUGCAAGCACCACCAUAUCCAACUCUUCAAGGAGAAGGGCAACUACAGCCAGCUCGAGAGCGAUAACGACGAGGAUCAACUCCCGGUUGGCCCGAAAACACUGGCUCCAGAGAUUGCUGCUGCUUGAUUUGAUUUGAUUUGAUUGAUUGGUUUGGAUGGGUUGAUGUUGUUGUGAUGGGUUUUGGGUUGGCCAUUGCUAAUUCCUAUUGCUAGUAGGUGGAGACUUUUGUGUUUUGUUAUUGGAAACACUUUGGAGAUGGUUGUAAUGUGUAGGCAAGUUAAUUGGCCACAUAGUGCCUAUGUUUUUCAACCUUUGAAGAAAUAUAACAAAAAAAAAAUUCCAUUCUUUGGUCUCUCAUAGUGUUCCCUUGCUUUAGUUUGCUAUAUGUCGACUAAUUGUUCUGAGUUGGAUAACAUAAUGGUUUGCGCUUAUGCUAUGCGUCAGCUUU